AGGCAGCAGCCACAUACAUACAUAGAUGGCUUGUGUGACAGCAGCAGCAGCAGCAGCAGCAGCAGUACAAUGCUGGUAGAGGCACAGCUGGGAAGCAGUCAGACAGCACUGGUCCAGUCAGUGACUGUGUAUAAUGGUCUCUCCCUGAGCCAGGCUGAGGGGUGUCACUAGUGCACUGACUUACCAGGAACGCAGCCACAGACUGACUGGAGUAACACUUAUCCCCUUGCUGACAGACUCCUUACAUUUGUUAGUGGCAUUACAUGAGGAUGGCAGAGGUAGAGUUGCACAAGGAGCGUCUGCAAGCCAUAGCUGAAAAAAGGAAACGGCAGGCUGCGAUUGAGGACAAAAGACAGCAGCUCGAAGACCAGAUUCUCCAAUUGCAACACCUAAAGUCUAAAUCACUAAGAGAGAAAUGGCUGAUGCAAGGAGCACCAGUCGGCACAGUGGAAGAGGAAGAAGCAAGAAAGCGACAAUGUGAGGACGAUGAACUGAAGUUAAAGUCACUUGAAGAGAACGUACAAAGGUUGGAGCAGGACAUUGAACAACUAGAAAGUGAAGAAUCUAUUAUAUCUGCCAAAGAACAAAUCCUGAGAGAAAAGCUAAAAGAAACUGAAAUAUCAUUUGUAGAUUUGCAAAAGAGCUUGUCAAAUCAGAAUAAAGAUGCAGUGAACUAUAUCUACUCUCAAAUCCCUGACCUCACAAACCUAUACUCUCAUCAACCAGAAACGUCUCUUGUAUGUGACAGAACAGCAAGAGUAGCUGCAAUGUACGCCAUGGAAAUUAAUGUGGAGAAAGACAGAAAGACAGGAGAGACCAAGAUUCUCUCUGCAGCUGCAGUUGACCCAGAAGUGGUCCAACAGAGAGGCGUAAAAGUCUAUGAUGAUGGUAACAAAGUGGUGUAUGAACUCCACCAUGCAGGUGCUAUAGUAGAAAACGGUGUCCAUAAGUUAAGUACAAGGGAUGUAGAUGAUCUUAUACAGAAAUCUGCACAAUCAAAUAUAGUGGCAGGGCAUGACACUUUACCUGGGAGAACUGUACUCACUGAAGGGAUCUCUAGUCACAUGAAGGAGCAAUUACAUUUUAAGGAAGCAAAACUAGAAAUGGUGCACAAGUCAAACAAAGGGUUUCCUGUAAAACCUGGACAACAACAUGUAAGAAGUGCUGGAAACAGUGUGAAUGAGGCAACGUUAGAGCAACCGGUGACAAUGAUCUUUAUGGGCUACCAGAAUAUAGAUGAUGAAGAAGAGACUAAAAAAGUGUUGGGCUAUGAUGACACCAUCAAAGCCGAGCUUGUUCUCAUUGAUGAAGAUGAUGAGAAGUCAUUGCGGGAGAAGACAGUGACAGAUGUGUCCACCAUGGAUGGGAAUGCUGCAGAACUGGUCUCUGGGAAGCUUCUCACUGAGACCACAGAGCCCUCUUCUCCUGAGGGCAAAGAUGAGAGUCUAGCCACAGAACCCAUAACAGGAUUAAGGAAGAAAACUGUGCAAUUUAAAGACCCUGAAGGAUCUGAAGAAAUAGAAGAGGACAGUUUGCAAUUUACAAGACCUCCGAUUCCACAGGAUGAAAUUAAUUUAAAGAAGGAUAAAGAUCAAAUCAGUGCCAACCAUUCCCAACCUGUAGAUAUUAUCUUGACAAGCAACGAAGCUAUGGAGUUUGAGGUCCAGGUGUCAGAGUCUAAAGGAGUCAUAGUAGUUACUCCAGAUGUUGCGGUGGACAAUCAAAGUACUUUACUCUCUGCAGCUAUGAAUCAGAAUGGUCUUAAGGACAGACAUGAGUCACUAGACAGUGACGUUGCAAAAGAGAUACAAUAUCUAGAUGAAGUGCUGGAAGCAAACUGUUGUGAUACUGCACCUGACAACCCUUUCAAUGGGUCAUCUUCUCCGGAACGUACUAGUACUAUAACAGUUGAUGGCUCAGGUCCUUAUGUCUGUGUAACAAAUGAUUGUUUUGCCCCUGAAAUGGAUGUUAUAGCUGUGGACCGCAAGCCCCAGCCUGUUGUCGAAAUGAAUGAGCCUACUGAAAUUAUGAAACCAAUUAACAUAAAUGGGCACUCUGAAGGGGAGAUGAAAGAUGAUCACACUGAUGUGUUUACAUACCCAGCAAACCCAGAUUCUUCAAAUAGUUCACGUAGGUCAUCUAAAGAUGGGGAAACUGUUCCAAAAACGAUCAAAAAAGAAGCAAAGUUUGAGCUUCGUGCAUUCCAUGAGGAGAAAAAGCCAUCAAAAUUAUUUGAAGAUCUGAAUGAGAAGGAACACUUUAGGGUAAGAAAAGUCAGGCCUUCGGAGGAAGUAAUAGAACUAGAAAAGGAGAGGCUUGACCUCAUCAAAAGUCAGGCUGUGAAAAAGAACCCCAGUAUCGCCACUAAGUGGUGGAACCCACCUCAAGAAAAGACUAUAGAGGAGCAAUUAGAUUGUGAGCACCUUGAAUCACACCUGAGGUAUAAAGAGCGAAAGCAGAAACAGCAGGAGCAAGGCAUAUCCCCACCACCUGUCAAAAGUGAUCCUCAACCAAUUUUAUCCUCAGAGACACCUGCGGUGAAUAAGGAAGACAUUGUUACUGAGCAAAUAGACUUUUCGGCUGCAAGGAAACAGUUUUUGAACAUGGAAAACACUAGCCAGAUCAAUGUAAAAGCACCACCAAAGAGAUCAGUUGCUCCUAAUUUUUAUUCAGUGAAGCCUUUCUAUAAAGUAAGCCAUGCCAACAAACCUCAGUCAUCCAUCACAGUAACUAAUCAAUCAAGUCAGUGUGUUGAAAUGGCCCAACCUGAUGAGAUAGCACUGGUGAGAGGAGAGAAAGUGCACAGUGCUUUUGAGGACCAGCAAUGGACAGCUGCUUCACAUUUACCAGAGUUAUCAGCAGAUAAUUUUGAAAAGACAUUGGAAGAAGACAGUCAGUUUGUAAGUGCCACAGCAACAUUUACAGUUGUAAAAGAUGAUGAAAUUGAUGUUUCAGACCACUUUAUGAAAUCACUUACUAUGUCUUCUCUACCAGAGGAGCUGGACUCUGGUUUAGAUGAUUUAUCUGUAAAAUCUCAGGACACGACAGUUAUGGAGACACUUUCAAAUGACUUCAGUAUGGACAAUAUCAGUGACAGUGGUGCAUCAUAUGAAACUAUUAAUACUCUCCAUGAACAUUCUCUAGCCGAUUUCUCACAACCGCAAACACCCUUUAAUGAUACUCCAGCUGAUUACACAGUGGAAGGUAUCUCCAAAUCUUUUAGCGAUCAAGGCUUUUAUUCUCCGUCUUCAACGUCACAUGACUCUAUUAUUUCAGAUUACCAAUUAGAAUAUCAGGCUGGUAUAUUGGUAAACAAUGUAAUUCAGCAAGCUCUUGCCGAAAAGGCUGGGAUAACAUACUAUGAUAAUCCAGAGCAGCCAACAGAGAACAUUGACGAAACCAGUGAGCAACCAACAGAACAGAAAGUCAUAGUAAGUAACUCCAUAACACCUACUAGCCUAGAAUGUAAGGAUGAUACAGUAUUUCAUCCACCUCAAGUUUCUUCACCAGUGCAAGAGACCAGAAGCGUAACAGUGACACCAAAGAACAUUCCAGAACAAGAACCUGAAACCUGGAAAAACAAAGCUCCUGAACCUUUAUCUAUUCCAUCUACAACUGAGGAAGAUAAUAUUGAAGAAAAUAAGCAUGAAAGUUACUUCAGCAAGUACUCCCAAGCUGCUGAGCUAAGAAGUACUGCUUCCAUUCUGGCAACACAAGAACCUGAAAUAACAGUUGGUCCAUUUAAACUGAGAUCAAAGAAGCAAAGAACACUAUCAAUGAUUGAAGAGGAGAUUAGAGCUGCGCAGGAACGAGAACAAGAGUUGAAGAAGCAGAGACAGAGGCAAAGCUUACAAAGUCCACAAAGUCCAUUAAACAAGAAUGCACCUGCAAUGCCAACGAGAACAGCUUCCUACAAAACCGCUCCAGGCAAAAUAGAGAAAGUAAGGACUCCAACUUCACCAAAAGGAGAGAGUUUCCCCACACCAACUGAUGAUCUGCUUGACGAUGCCACUGCAUCUCAGCGACCUAAAAAUCUCAUGCAAACCCUUUUGGAUGAUUAUGAGACCCAUAAAAGUAAGAGGCGUGACCGUAUGGAUGAUUCUAGUUACACCUGUAAAUUACUGUCUUACAAAGUUACUACUGAGGUUCUCGAGGCAGUGAGAGUAAGCCGCAGGAAGAGUGCGCUAGCACUGCGCUGGGAAGCAGGGAUUUAUGCAAACCGGGAAGAAGAUGAAUAAGACUUUUUUUCAGCUAUUUUUUUUUUUAUUCAAUAUAUAGGAAACCAAAAAGGAAACAUUUAAUCACAUAUUUAUUGAACAUAAAGCAGCCUCUGCAAUUCAUAUAGGAGUAAUGCAGAUCGCAGUUAUAAGACUAAAGAGACGUUUCAACUGCCUGGCAUUGUUAGUGAUGCAAGGACCAGCUAUGCUUCGGACUCUCAGGAGAUGGAUCACUGGCAUUAGAAAAGGAAGCCGGCCCUACGAAUUAGGGUCCAGCAUGGACGAUGCACAAAGCCAAACACACAGUGCAGUUGCCUCCUUUCAUAGAUGCAGCUCUGAAUUGCUUUUUGUACCCUCCACUUCUGCAAGCCUAUAGACUUGCAUGCUGGGAGCACCACUAGCUGAAAGACAGACUGACCCUGCUUCCAUUAGUCUGCAGGUUCAUCUACCGCAGGGUGCAACACAACCAUUAACAAUGUAUUUAACUCGGCCACAUAGUAUUAUUGUACUUUCUACAGUACUUGGUUAUUGAAGAUUGUUUAAGUAAAUGAAAAAUGCUUUGAACCAUAUAUAUUUUUUUUCUUCAGAAUAAGUCUACUUAACCCAAUAUUGCUUAGAUUUAUGUCUGCAAAUAAGUCGCAUAAAAACGGCUUGUUUGGUUAUAUUAUGCAAGGCUAGCCUAUAUUUAUUUCGGAUGGCCUACAUAACUUUUAUCAAGAAUAUACAAAAAUUACAGGAAGAAAAGUUUCAGAAUUAAAAGCACAACAACAUAAUCACAAAUUGUGUGCAUGUUCACAUUUAUGGCUCUCAGGGAUAAAAGGGUUAAUAAGAUAUUUAGGGUUUUUUUUCUCUUAAUUUAAUAUAGCCAAUUAGAUUAUUAAAGCACAGACAACAACAACAAAGAUAAAUGCCCAACGACCCUUCAUUCUGGCCUACAUUUUAUGUACAAUACUGUACCCCUUAGUAUCUGCUCUAACAUAUAAGAAACAGUUUAGUCAGAAGAAAAGUUGGCAGUGGUUCAAUUAACACCAUUACUUGGUUCAGUGCAAAAAUAAGUAUGGAAAUGGGGUAUAAAGGCAGCACCAGUGUAAUUCAUUUCUAAUUACAUUGCAGAUAGACACAGUAAAUUACAUAACACAUAUGUUCAGUUAUUUUUAUACUAGUUUCAAUGGAUUUUGAGCUAGAGUUUUGAAACAUAAUAAUAUAGCAAAGUUAGUGCUUUGUAUUGCCAUGCCAUGUGUGUGUAAUAGUCAUUGCACCCCAAAUUGCAUUCAUGCGCUUUAUUAAAUUACCCAUAUGCAGUACAGUACAUACAGACUUUCAUUCUUGACUUCUGAAUGAAAUAUGGCACAAGAAGAGCAAUACAUCUUCUUUUUCCACCCUGACUGCACGUCACUGAAACACAGUGCUAACUACAUUGUAAGAAGCAUGGCUAGUAGGCUAAUGAUAAUCUGAGAGAGUCCCCAUCUACAGCGUGGCUUUAUGUCAUAGUUUCUAAUAUCAUUGCAGUAAGUAUUAUUCGUGUUUGAUAUUGUUAAAUAUUCAGUUAUAAAUGAAGCCUUUACUAUUGGAAUGUGUAUUGUAAAGACUUGAGGGGAGAUUAAUCAAGCUUUGGAGGAAGUGAAGUAGUUGCCCAAACAGGAAAUCAGUGUCUGUCAAUUCAAAGUUUGUGCUAGAAUAAAUGACGCCGAUUGGUUACUUUACACAACUUCUACAAUUUAGCACUCUGGUUGCCAUGGGCAACUUCUCCACUGGCUCACUUCUCCGCUCUCAUCACUGCUUAGUAAAUGUCCCCCCCAUAUCAUCAGCUGUAUUACUGGUCUGAGUUACUGACAACAAUGUUGAGCAUAGAACAAAGAUUUAUGUGCUUAUCCGGAUGGAAGAUAAACAGUAAAUAGAUAGACAGUCCAUAGAUCAACACCAGAUGGCUGACAUGUUAAUAAGUCAACAGGGUCAAAAGGUUGACAGUUAAUUGGUCAACAUGGACUUAGGGCCUAAUUUAGACCUGAUCGCUGGGCAGCGAUUUUUGCUGUCCUGCGAUCAGAUAGUCCCCUCUUACAGGGGGAGGAUAUUUUAGCUGUGCAAGUAUGCGAACGCAUGUGUAGCAGAGCUGUACAAACUGAUUUUUGCAGUCUCUGCGCAGCCCAGGACUUACUCGGCCGCUGCAAUCACAUCAGCCUGUCCAGGACCGGAAUUGACAUCAGACUCCCGCCCUGCAAACGCUUGGACAUGCCUGCGUUUUUCCAGACACUGCCUGAAUACUGUCAGUUGCCACCCACAAAUUACUUCUUCCUGUCAAUCUCCUUGCGAUCGCCCGUGCAAUUGUUUUUUUUCUGCACCAUCCUGUCGCUAUGCACCGAUGGAUGGUGCGUCGUGCGGUGCAUAUACGCAUUCGGACCUCAUUACAGGUUGUGAGAAAACGCAGCCUAGGAUCAGGUCUGAAUUACCCCUUAAGUCAUAGGACUUAAACGUUGACAGGUUCAGAAGGCCUACAUGCAAAUGGUUGACGCAGAAAAGGCUGACAGUUUUUCAUGAUUGUUAGGGCUAGGAUUAUGCUUAGGCACUUGGGGGUUGGUUAGGGUUAGGCUGCUGAAGGGGAUGGGUUUGGCACCAGGGGGGAGGGCUAGGAUUAGGGUUAAAAUAAUAAACAAAAAAACACCCCAUGACCAUUUGCAGGUCGACCUUUGACCCUGUCAACCUAAACACAUGUCGACCAUUUAACUGUCAACCUUUUGAUUUUGACCCUGGCGACCUAUUGCAUCGACCAUCUGGUCUUAAUCUACUGACUGUCUACUAUCGAUCUUUUAAUCCACAUCCUAUUACUGUUACAUACUAAAAUACACACACACACACACACACACACACACACACACACACACACACACACACACACCUUGUCUUAGAGUCCCAUAGUCAUUCUAAGAAGCAACAAAAUGGCUGAAGAAAAUUAUUUAAUUAACUGAAGGAUUAAGGAGUUAGGCGUUGGCGUGUUUUCAGAACAUUUCUGUUUGAUUAUGUUUCUUCUGAUUGUGACAAUGAUCACUUGACUGUGGAUGUAUAAUUUUUUUUGAAUAUCAUAUGAUCAGUAGAAAAUGGAAAAAGCAAGUGCCAUUUAUGACAAUGGAAUAAUAAUGAAUACCUGUUGUGUAUAUACAGCAGAGGUUGCCAUUUUGGGAAAUGAGAAAGCCAAACCCUUAUGCACAAAUUGGUGAUGUUACUGAGGCACAUCCUAAUACUAUGUACAAGGAAUGGACUAUAUUGAUCAUAAUUUUGUGGCUGUGUUUUUGUUGAAUAUUUUUCAGCUCACAAAAUGGCUGACUCGGUUGUGCACGUGCAACAGGUACAUCUAAAUGCGUUCAUGUAACUCAGUAUUUGGGCUUACCCAAUAAAUUAUUUGCACGAGCAGGAAUGCAAAGAUAGAUACAUUUUUUAGAAUGCAAUCAUAUUUAUUCUUGUGUUUUAUAAUCACAUAAAUAUAUAUCAUAGUUUGUUUUACCUGUCCAUAAAGCAAUACAGUAGAUUUUCGAUACAAUUGUUUGAGUAGAAGCUGUUUUUUUUUUUUUUUUGUUUUUUUAAAUGCAGCAAGAAUGUAUUGUCCAUAUUUAUUUUAUGUAAAAACAAUCAAUAAAGUGGCCACAAUCUAAUAAUGACUGUAUUGUAUAUUCAAUUAAAAAACAACAGUGUGCAUUGUAGAGUGUGCUGAUUGCUGAACACCAAUAUUUGGGUGUGUCACCUUAUUCACAUGUUAUUGAUUAAUAAACAGAGUAAACAUUUACAUGACAA